CCUACUCAAGAACAGGAUUUCCAAACAACAUGCAUUAAGAAUCACAUAUUCACAUUCAAAUUCAAUAAUCCUCCUCCACCAAGUUCUAUCAAAACUAUAGUCAAGAAUCAAGAGAUCAUAUAGUAAUAGGUCCGUUUUAUAAUGGAACAAAAGAAAUCUUCUAUUGUUCUUGUGUUGAGAGAGUUCAAGCCACACUUUCUGAUGGUGUUAGCCCAAGUUGGCUAUGCAUUCUUGUAUUUCAUCACUGAAGCUUCCUUCAACCAUGGGAUGAGUCCUUUCUUGUAUGUAACCUACCGCCAUAUCGUCGCGGCGGUUGUCAUGUUCCCAUUUGCAUUCUUUCUAGAGAGAAAUGAGAGACCAAAGCUCACAUUUGCUCUGUUCAUGGAAAUUUUUGUGCUUUCCUUGGUUGGGAUUAGUGUACCAAUCAAUAUGUACUUUGCAAGCCUGCGGUACACUUCUCCAACCUUUGUUGCUUCCAUUGUCAACGUCAUAGCUUCCCUUACCUUCAUCAUUGCCGUAGUACUAAGGUAUGAGACUCUUGAUGUUCGAGAUCCCCGAGGAAUAGCGAAAGUUAUAGGGACAAUGUUGUCCUUAAGCGGUGUAAUGACAAUGACACUAUACAAAGGACCAACCAUGAGAAAUUUGUGGCGUCCCGUAAUUCAUAUUCCAGGAAAGAGUGCUGCUGCAGCACAUGAGAACUGGCUCAAGGGUUCUCUUCUUGCAGUUAUAAGCUGUGUUUCAUGGUCUGUCUGGUAUAUCAUGCAGGCAGCCACUUUGAAAAGAUAUCCAGCACAGUUGUCCCUUACUACAUGGAUGUGCUUUGUUGGAGCAGCACAAUCAGCUGUUUUUACAGUCUUAAUUAUAGGGCAUAAACCUUCAGCUUGGACUAUAGGGUUCAACGUUGACAUGUGGUCCACGUUAUAUGGUGGAAUUGUGAUAGCUGGUUUGAUAAUAUACAUUCAGCUGUGGUGCACUGAGAAAAAGGGGCCAGUCUUCGUUACAAUGACUACCCCCCUUUGUACCAUUCUUGCUGCAAUUUUAGCAUACUUUGUCUUUGGUGAGAAACUUUACCUCGGCAGCAUCAUAGGCGCAACUUUUGUCAUCAUUGGUCUAUACUUGCUGUUGUGGGGCAAAGAAGGUGACCAAAAGAUUCAAGUCAACACCAAACCGCGCAGUGGUGAAGAUCCAGAAUGCAGACUACAAUCACUACCUUAGACUUGAAAGGGAGAAAUGCAAAAGUGGAGGAAAAAUAAAACGAAUAAGUCAUUAAGACAUUUAGUUUCGUGUAAUAUAUCCAGUUUAAGAUUUCCAAUUUUAACUCUAUCAAAUCAGCAUCAAGUUAACCUUAUUAUAAAAUUUUUAUA